GUUACUCCGUACCACAAAUUUCCUAGACCUCGUCCUAGUGAGACAUGGUAGGAGGCAACAGGCCAACUCAGCAUAAUGGAAAAAGAGAAAAAGCUGUGUUUGAAAAACGAUGUACGUACAGCGAAUUAAGGUGCAGUGCAGGAAGGCAGGCUGGCUCAUCGAACACGACCACCAGUUCUGGUCGUUAAAGAAUUGUCAUCUUAAUUAAACCACAAUUUUGUGUUUGUGUCGAAAAUAUCAGGCCAGGCAGGGUCCCCCACCUAAAAAAAAUACAAGUUGCAGGGGGCCAUAUUCCAUAGUUGGGUUGUCCGGUGUCGACAACAAUGGAAAGUCGACUUCCCAUGCUUAAUUGUCUCUUACAGCACACACUCAGAAAUCUUUGUGCAUAUUCUGAUUCUUCAACUUCUUCCAAAUGGGUCUACGCAGUCUUUUGGAGGACCUCGCCUCGGAAUUAUCCUCCUCCCAAGUGGGAUUAUGGAGGUGGUGCUCUUGAGCGAUCAAAAGGGAACAAAAGGAACUGGAUUCUCGUUUGGGAAGAUGGGUUCUGUGACUUUUAUGAGUGUGAGCAAGCUGGCAGUGGAUACGUUAAAGGGAGGUUUGGAGCUGAUGUUUUCUUCAAAUUGUCCCAUGAAGUAUAUAAUUAUGGAGAAGGGUUAGUGGGAAAAGUGGCAGCAGACAAUAGUCACAAAUGGAUUUUCAGAGAUCCAUCAAAUGAAGGUGAUCCUAGCUUCAUCUCUUCAUGGAAUCUAUCAGUAGAACCGCAACCAAGAGCAUGGGAGUCUCAAUUCAAGUCAGGCAUUCAGACUAUAGCACUCAUUUCAGUUAGAGAAGGCAUAAUUCAACUCGGGUCAUUUGAUAAGAUUGUGGAGGAUCUUAAUCUAGUUAUCAACAUACAGAGGAAAUUCACCUAUCUCCAAAGCAUACCAGGGGUAUUUUCCAUGCAAAGGCCAUACCUAUCAAUCCAACACCAUUACUCACUAAAACCAAAUACACAAACAAUCGAAACGCAUCAAGAUUCAUCACCUUUAUCAAUCCAUGAGAAGCGCCAAUCAACUGGGCUAAAAAGAUUGUUUAAUGAGAUAUCAGACGAUUUUCCUACUAAGUCCAUCAACUUGGGUUGGAAUACUCCACAAAAUGGCAUAUCGGGAUCAAGCACUCUCUGGCCAGUUCCACCUCUACUACCUUCCAUGUCAUGCAGUCUUGGAGCCCUUUUGUCCAAACUACCUUCUGUAUUCCCAAACUAUAAUUUCACAGAAGCAAAUAAUGACACUGCAGUGCCUGCACCAGAUAACAACCCCACCACCACCAUCAACAAAAAUUAUUCCACCACUGAAAUUAAUGGUGGUAACAUAAAACUGGAAACUUCCUUUCUUGGUGAAUUUCAAGAUGAAAAGGUAAUGGACUUAGGUUUUGCUCCUGUGAGAGAACAAGGAAAGAAUCAGCAGGGUGCAAUAAAUCUCAAUUAAUUAGGUAAGAGGUACGUACUUGUAUUUAUGAUGAAUAACAAGGGAUAUGCUGCUUAAUUGGGAUUAGGGAAAGUAGGUGAUUGACAGCUCAAUUUUUAAUUUCUGUUCAAAUGAACAAUUUGUUCAAGGAAACGUUUAGACGUAUGAUUUGUCACUUGAGCUAUACCAUCAUGUAAGAACAUUUCCCUUAGAAAGAAGGUAGAUCGUGCAACAUAAAACAAAAUGCGAUUAUUUCUUAUAAGUUUAUGUUACUCACCAAA